AUGAGUGGCAAUCCGGACUCCAAAGCUGUUGUCGCCGAGAAAGGUCACGAUGAUUCUUCCAAGCUGAAGACAUUCUUAUCUAUACUCCGCAAAUUUGUUGGAGUUGCAGAUAUAGCUUCCGUGCGAUUUUCACUGCCAGCACAACUCCUAGAACCAACGCCUAACUUAGAGUACUGGAACUACUUGGACCGGCCUGAGACUUUUGCAAGUAUUGGUACAUCCGAUGAUGAGCUCGGCCGUAUGCUGGAGGUCUUGCGGUUCUGGUUCACAAAAGAUUUGAAAUAUAUCAAAGGCAAGCCGUGCAAACCGUACAACUCGACUCUCGGCGAGUUUUUUAGGCUAACGGGCUUGCAACAGGCCUACUGGGAAGUCGAUACCGCACCAACACCAGUGCUUCCGCCCACCACCACAAAUGAAACUGCGAGCUCGACAAACGAAAACAACGGGCCUGCCAAAGUCUGCUUUCUUACAGAGCAAACAUCACACCAUCCCCCGGUGUCUGCUUUCUAUAUCGACUGCCCAGAGCGCGGUGUCUCGGCUCGGGGAUUCGACCAGCUAAGUGCCAAAUUCACAGGAACAAGUAUCCGUGUUGGUCCCGGUCAGCACAAUCUCGGCAUAUUCGUGACUCUUGCAAAACGGGACAACGAAGAAUAUCAGCUCACACACCCAUUGGCCCAUCUGAGUGGUCUUUUGCGCGGUUCCCUUUACAUCUCGGUCGCAGAUAAUUGCUAUAUAACAUGCCCCAAAACUCGGAUCAAAGUCAUUUUGCAGUAUUUAGAAGAUGGUUGGGUGGGACGAGCACAGAAUCGCGUUGAGGGGGUGAUCUUCAAAUACGACCCGGACAACGAUAACAAGACCAAAGUCAAGGACGUGCCAUCAAGCGAUGUGCUGGCUCGCAUCAGUGGUUGCUGGCGUGAACAAGUCUACUUCACACUUGCGAGUCCUGUCUCCGGCUCCGGCUCCGGUUCCAGUACCAACUCCAGCACUAGCUCGCAAGACCAGCAACAGCAAAAACAUCUUCUAAUCGAUCUAGCCCCUUUAUUCCCUGCUGAAAAAGUUGUCCCUCCCGAGGAAGUUCAACUGGGCAAUGAAUCCCGCAAAUUCUGGUCCGGCGUAACUCGCUCCAUCCUAGAUAAACAAUACAGUCAAGCCACGAAGCUGAAACAGGAGAUUGAAGAGCGCCAACGAACCAAAGCGGCAAACCGAGAGGCGGCAAAUGAACGGUGGAAGCCGAGAUUUUUCACGGAUGCAACUACUCCCCUUGGGAAACCGGCUUUGACAGAUGAUGGGAAACAGGUCCUGGAGGCACUUUAUAGAGGGGAUUUUGAGCUAGAGGAGAGUAAAGUUCUCGGUGCUUAA